GGUUAGGUUAAGGUGGUGUGCGUUGGUUGACAUAACCAUAACCUGUUGCGAUCUCACGCGUGAUUUACGCGCGUCUCGCAGAACACGUCUUUUGAGUCUACCGCGAUCGAAGCCGGAACGCGACGGACCCCGUCGACCGGACGAGAAAUGCCGAAGAAGAAGACCGGGCAGAGGAAGAAGGCCGAGAAGCAGAAGCUCCGGCAGAAGGAGAUCAGAGCCGCCAAGGAGCAGGUCGACCUAGCCAAAUUUCCGUGCAACUCCCUGAUGGAGUGCGACAAGUGCAAUAAGAAGCAAAAGAGCCGUGCCUUCUGUUACUUCUGCCAGAGCCUGCAGCGGUUGCCGAUGUGCGCGCACUGCGGCAAGAUCAAGUGCAUGCUGAAGACGGGCGACUGCGUGGUGCGGCAUCCCGGGGUCUUCACCACGGGGCUGGGAAUGGUGGGAGCCAUAUGCGACUACUGCGAGGCCUGGGUGUGCCACGGGAGACGUUGCCUGACCUCACACGCCUGCGUCUGCCCGCUGACGGACGCCGUUUGUCAGGAGUGCGAGAGAGGCGUCUGGGAUCACGGCGGGAGGAUAUUCAAGUGCUCGUUCUGCGACUGCUUCUUGUGCGAGGACGAUCAGUUUGAGCAUCAGGCGUCGUGCCAAGUACUGGAGGCGGAGAAUUUCAAAUGUCAAUCCUGUAAUCGUUUGGGACAAUACUCCUGUCUCAGGUGCAAGACAUGCUACUGUGAGGAUCACGUUCGUAGAAAAGGUUUCAAGUACGAGAAGAAUAAGGCUAUCCCUUGUCCAAAGUGCAGCUACGAGACGUCGCAGACCAAGGAUCUAAGCAUGUCCACGAGAAGUCACAAGUUUGGUAGACAAAAUCAAGGUGGUCCAUCCGAGUCCGAUGAUGAAAAUGGAUAUAAUUAUGCAGGAAAUCAAGAAUCUUACGGAAUUAAUUAUGCCAAUGAAGAUGAGGAUGAUGAUUAUGACGACGAUGAUGAAGAUGACGAUGACGACGAUGAUGAUGUGGAAGACGACGACGAUGACGAAUCCACAAGUACAGACGAAGAAAAGAAAGACGCCAAAAUGCAAGAUACUCCGGAGGAUAGUAAAAAUAAAGCUUAGCACUCAUUUACCAAUGUGUCAAAUAGCGAUAAUUGAAAAUAAACUAUCAAUUAUAUUAUCAAAAA